UGAUAUUGUUUAAAAGUCAAAUAAAAAGCAUGACGAUAAGAAACAACAUAGACUUUUUUUUGUUAAAAUUUGAACAUUUGCAUUUGCUAUCAAAAGAAAGUUGAGUUAAAAAAGUGUGCUUGCAUUUUUGAUGUUGAAAGAUUUGAAUAGCUCAUUAUUUGGCAUUGCCAAAUUGUUUGAAUAUUUAAAAUAUCCUAAAAUAUAUUAAAGUCAUGGAUGACAAAAAAUACAAAGAUAUCUUGCUGAAAAUUGCAGUUAAUUUGUUGGAUAGAGAUGUUGAAGCAAUUAAAUUUUAUUAUUCAAAUCAAAUUGGUGGUGCUGAUAUUGAAAGGAUUACAACUCCUAUCAAAUUAAUUCAAAUUUUAGAACAGCGUAUGCUUUUAGGAAUCGAUAAUUACAGUUCUUUUGUAGAGGUGCUUACAAAAAUUGGAAGAAAUGACCUGGUUAUUUAUUUCUUUGAGAUUUCAAAUUCACCAAACAAAGAUUCCAAUAUUUCUUUCAAAAAAGAUUUGUUGAGGAUGUCGGCUGAACUGAAAAAAUUUUAUCUUAGUUAUUAUGGGAAAAUUGGUGAACUUCAACCACUAUUAAAAGCAUCUGCAAAUGUUGAUCUCAUACAAAAAUUUAUUGAUCUAUGUAUUGUUGAUGCAGUUAAUGCUCAAAUAGACGCUUAUUUCAGUGUUGAACGAAAGGAAUUUCUUGAAAAGCAAAUUCAUUAUACACCAAUUCCAUACAGCGAUAUAUUUAUGAAAGAAAAACCAGUAAUAUUAAUAUCUGGAAUAGCUGGUAUUGGGAAAACAUGGUUGCUUAGAAAAUGUUUGCUUGAUUGGUCAAAUGAUUUAAUUUGGAAAAAUGUUGAACUUGUUUUCUAUUUGGAAUGCAGGAUACUCAAUUCAUAUGCAAAUAUUUCUAAUAUUAAUGAAUUAUUAAAUAUUUUCUACAAGGAUAUUGUAAACGAUUUUAAAUUUAGUAGUCACAAUGCACUGUUUAUAAUUGAUGGGUUGGAUGAGUUUAAAUAUUUCAAUGAGCUAUUAAAUCCAAGUUUGACUAGCACUCCGAUUGUUAAAGUUUUACGAGAAAUUCAAAAAUACAAACAUGUAAUUGCUGGUAGAGUUUAUGCAAUUGAUCAAUACCAAAGUAUAUCUACAGAACAUAGCGAUAAGUUAACCAUUCAAGUAAUGGGGUUUAAUGAAAAUGGAAUAAAUAAUUAUGUAGAAAAUCAUGUUAUAGAAGAAAAAAAAGAAUUCGUAAAAACAACUUUAAAGGAGUCUUCAAUUGCAAAAGCCAUGGCCUCUGUUCCGUUUUAUUUAUCUUCAAUGUGUAAAAUUAUAAGUGAUUCGAAAAAAAUAGAUACAAAUUCUUUCUUAACAAUGACAGAUUUGUAUACAAAUAUUUUUUUAUACUUUUUGCGAAAACAUAUCAUAAAAAACAAUAAACUGAUAUAUGAGAUAAUGGAAGACAGUUCCAAUAAAAAGUAUAUUUUAAAUAUUUGUAAAAUUGCAUAUAAAAUGUUUGUUAACAAUAAAAUAAUUUUUUCCAAAGAUGAAAUUCAAGCUUUUAUUAAUGACUUUGAUAAAAAUGAAGGUAAUUUCUUUGGAUUUAUAGAAAGGAUUGAAACAGAUCUUGGUUGUUAUUAUCAAUUUGCACAUUUGACAAUAAUGGAGUUUUGUGCAUCUGUAUAUGCAUAUAAUUGUUUAAGUAGUGAUGAGAUUAUGGCCAAUGAGAGGCUGAAGAGUUGUUUAUCAAUGAUUUGUGGAUUAGCCAAUAAAAACCCAAACAGUUUAUUAAAGUUUCUUGUUAACCUGGAUUCUUCUAAAAAACACUAUAAAGAAUCUUCAUUUUUGUUUUCUAUUUUGGAUCGUCUAAGUAAAAGUGAUGACAUAGAAGAAUACGAUCAUUUAUUCAUUGAAUGUUUUUAUGAAAGUCAAUCAUCAUUUAAUGAUAAAAUUAAAUCAAUUGUUAAUAAACGAGAGUGGUGGUUGAUUUCGAUUGACGAUGGAAAAAUUUCAUCAUUUAAUGAUGAAUUUAAAUCAAUUGUUAGUAAACGAGAAGAGUGGUGGAUUUCGAUUGUCGAUUGGAAAACUUCUUACUUAACUUCUUGCGAAAAUUAUUUCAUAAAUCAUUACGUAAAAUCUGGAAGAAAGUUAUCGUGGUUAGAAGUUUAUAAAAAUAUUUUAAGUAAUGAAGAAAAAAAACUUUUAAUACAAUGUUCAACUAAUGUUCGCUCUGUCUGCUUUUAUCAUCCAAUUAAUUUCGAAGGUUGGAAACCGAAAGAUAAGAUUGAAAUGUUGAAGAUACGGAUCUCAGAUUAUUUAAUAACAAAAAAAGAUUUUGAAGAAAAUUUUCUUCCGUGGAUUAAUCUUUGUAAAGAAUUAUAUCUUGAUCUUCACGACGACAUUGAUUUUAUUAAAGAAUUUUGUGAAUGGAUUCGUUGUUCGAAUGUCAAGGAGUUUGAGAUCAGGUACCGUGGAAAAUAUUUUGAUAACCUCGAUAAAUUAAAAAACUUUACAACACGAUAAAAUAUUUAAUACCUUAAAUAUAUUAAAUAAAAACAAUAACUAU